UCUCGAUCUUCACUGAAGUUCAAACUUUAAUUGUGAAAUUUUCUCGGCUCGUCUCCUUGUCUAAUCUGUAGAUACCUUAACCUAUCGGUCGGUGAAAUUCAUUAAAAUGGCUUCCAGUUCAACUGGUCAUUCUGUCGUCUUCACGAAACCCAAAAGGUUGGGCUACUUUUCAUGUCGUUUCGGCCCUCAAGGGAAACGUAUUUUAGCGACAAAUCCGCGCUGAGAUAUUAUUCUCAGCCGCGCCAUAGUCGUGUCAACCUGAUGGGCGGUUUUUCGAAUGGCCUCAAAUGGGGUCGUGUCCCCCAUGAAGAAAUGCCUUUGCUUAGAUGGGUGUUGGAAGCUUCUGACCGUGAGUCAGAACUUAGUUCUGACUUUAUUUGCCAUUCUCGUGUUCUAAGAACCAUCUUAUCCACUCCUUGUAAUGCUGAGGAUGAUUGGGCUAUUGUGGCCGUUAAAGUUGGUCGGUCCAUCAUUCUAAAAGAAGUCGAUACUGAUCGACGAAAAAUUGAAAAGUUGAGACAAAAAGGCUCAUCGAACGCUGGUUCUUAUGCUGGUUUUCAGUUCAUUUCGAAAUAUACCCGUCGAUUUGAUGGAACAAGAGUACCAACCUUGACCGAUGGUCAUCGUGACUCGUUUUACCUUGUUACUCAAUCUCGAAUUAACUCUCAUUCCAUUAUUUGUGCUAAUCGAACUGAUUGUCUUGAAGAUAAAAGUCAAUAUGAGAAACCGCUUGAAGAGAUGAAGUUUGUUAAAUUGGCCACUCGAAGUCAUUAUUGGAAUGACCCAAGACGAGAUGCGUUCUGGCAUAAACGAGCUGCUAAUUGGUGGGCUGAAGGUAUUGUCAGCGGUAUAACAACAAUUCUCUGCGGUCAAAAGACACACGGAAAUCGAGUUGGUAAGGUUAUCCAAGAAGACGUCAAGUGUUUACCUCAUAUUGGACAUCCAUGGGAACCGAAUACUUGUUUCAAUUGGUUGGAUCAAACACUUUCCGUCAUCAAACUAAAGGUCGUCGAGGAUUUGGUUCCAUAUCGUUUCUAUUAUCAACCGGACGGAAAACCAUCUUAUUCUAAAUUGGAUGAGCCCGUGGAAAAUUAUGUUCCCCGUUGGUUCAUCGAGCGAAAGCAACCAGUUCCCUAAGGGAACUUUCAUUGACUUUCACUCAGACCUCGAAACGGAAUCAAAAGUAAGUUCGACUUGUUCUAAGUGAACGAAAAUUCCAAUUACAUUGAAAUAAAUGGAAUCGAUUGUUUUUUCAAUUUUCUUUGCAUAAAUUAAUUCAUUUA